AUGCUCCCCAAGCCCCCCGCAGCCCCGGAACUGACCGUCCAAGGCCAAACUAUCACUGUAACCUGGUCUCAGGAGCGCGAGGAAGCCGAGGAGAGAGCCAUUCCAAUGAAAGGCUUCAACUGUGCAAACAAUUAUAGGAGCGUCGCUAUGGAGCACCCGUGUCACGGGCCACACGGCGUGUCCAUUGAACGCAUCCGCGGUGACCUGGAGUUCGGUUACCACUGGCGCCUGACCGAACGCAGCACGGGCAAUCUGUGUAGCCUGGGCCACUACACACUGGUAGCUCAUGCCAGUGUGGUGAAAAGCCUCCACCCAGAAUGGAUUGUGGUUGAGGUUUGGAUCAGUGGUUAUGUUAUGAAAAGCAACUUCAAUAAGUCAGUACGGUGGACAACGGCAGGCUCGAUUCGUCCUAUUCAUCUUCAAUGGCCUCGGCGGGGAGAUCCUUAA